CUGUUAUUAUUGUUUAAUGGUAUUAAUUAGUCUCAUGAGAAUUGGUUUUCCUUCAUUUUCUGUUAGAAGAAUUCAGUUCGUUGACGUGUUUUCCGCGUUGGAAUUCUAUUGUCCGUCAUUGAAUUUUAGGGCGACGGAUAGCAAUGCCCAAAAUUUAAGUAGACGUGAACUGUAAACUGUAAAAAAAAAAAAAAAAAAAAACAGAAUCUGCAUAAUUACCGGAGGGAAAAAAAUUCGUCUCCAUGCUUGGCCCCUAUCUAAAAUUCUUAGUUCAGUCCUAUCAUGCGCGCAUCAUGUUUCUAUGUCAAACUCUAGUAGUUUUCUUAGAGCAUUUGUUUCAAACGUAUUGGGUUAAUGAUAAAUUUAACAUGAUACAUUAAAGUUUUUGAAAAAGAUUAUUUAUAUCUUCACUCAUUCAUUUUUUUUCUUUGACUAAUAAAAUUAUUUGGGUACACCACUUAUGCAAUUGUAAGAGAAUUGCAUUAAUAGUGAUACAAUGAAAUUAACAGGAUUAUUAGGAUAGCAUAAAUUAUGAACUAGUAAUAGAAAUUGGUGUGGGUUCUCUUAUAAACAAAGAUGAAUGAAAAUUCUCUAUUUUGCUGCGCCAAUCGUUAUUGUUUUCCGUUUAUAUAUUCAUGGGUUAUAGCCUAUAUGUAUAAUAUGCCCCUCUACUAUGACGUUUUAUCAAACAUGUCUCUCUAUUAUUUUGUACACCAAACUUGCCCAUGUAUUUUGAAAAAUUAUCAAACGUGCCCUUCUGUUAAGAUUUCCAUUGAUAAAAUCGUCAAUCAUGGUUGAACUGAGAUUUAGAAGACCUGACAUCGGCAAAUGGGAGCGAAAAUGUCAAUUUUUUCUCCCGUUUUAUUUCUCUGGGUCUCUUCAAAGUGAAAUUAUUUGAAUUAUUUGGCUAUACAAAAGAACAAAAAAAAAAUUCUAAAGUGAAAUUAUUAGGGAUAUUUUAGACAUUUAUGCCUCCCAAACCAAAGUUCCACCUUGGUUAAUGGUUUUUGGUUGAAAAUUUAAACAAAAAGACAUGUGUGAUCAUUUUUACAAAGUACAGGGGCAUGUUUGAUGUAAAAAAUAGUAUAAGGGCAUGUUUGAUAAAACGUCAUAAUAAAGGAGCAUAUUAUACCUAUAACCCUAUAUUCAUAUACUACAAACAUUUAUUUUUGUAAUAAGAACUACAACUAGCUACAAGUAUAUUUGGAAUAUGUGUUUCGAGAGAAUGUAAUAUAACCGUGCCUAAGAUUGGGGUUUGCCUAACGUUCAAUUUCCUAUUGUUUUUUUUUUCCUUUCCCAUUUUGAGUAAUCUAACAAAUUAGACAAAUCCCACAUCAAUAAAGUACGAAAGAGAUUCAUGACUCGUAAAGAACAACCCAGCCUGAACUGAUAAAACGGGGUUUUAGGUAAAAUGGAGUAGUUGUCUUAAGAACUUCAAAGUCAAACGUUUUUUAUUUUGAACCGUAUAAAAACAAAGCGAUCUCUCGAAAAUUCAUCAUAAAUACACCAAAAAGCAAAAAUCAUGCGAAAUAUAAAAUUAUUAAAAAAAAAAGGUAUAGGAUGCUACAUUUUCCACGAUGUUCCAAGACUCAGGAAGUAUAUGUCGAUUGCGUCAGUAGUGUCUCUGAUAUAUUCAGCAUGCCUCUCUAUUGUCCUUAAUUACCUCUCCCUCAAGAAAGUUCGUCGUCUCAAUUUUAUUUGUUACUUGCUCUGAUUAUUGUUCUCUGUCGUCAUCUCAUACGCAAAGAAGUUGAGUUGGGAGAGUAGAGAGAAGAGUUUGCUGUUUCUUUUCCAACUAAGCAACAUGCAAUUUUGGUUAUGAUCCAUCUCCUCGUAUAUGUUAAUUUUUUUGGGUUUCAACAACUCCCCCAAAAAGAGCAAAGAGAGAGGAGUGUACGUACGUAGGAGAAGAGGAGUUCGGCAAGAACAGUAGAUAAUUAAGAACCGAUUCUUUUCUUCCUCUUCCAUUACGAAUUAAUAAUACCAAUUCUUUUCGGUUCAAUCUCUUUUUACCACUGCAUAUAUAGAGUCCAACUAGACAAAAAUAUUUUUUGUUUCUUGCAAACUAGAUUCAAUUUGGGUAGUUGUUGAUAAGCUUGUAAUAAGGUUGUUUUGUAGGGAGACUAACAUAUAUCCACAUCACGGAUAUUUGAUCAAAUGCAAAUUUUACACGAAAACUCAAUAUGCGAUUGCAAAACAGAUUUGUACGUACUAAUGUGGCAGUCACAUCUUUUUUUUCACAAGGGCGACUCCCAAUUUUAUUACCAGACAACAAAGAACAGCACAAAGGUUUCAUAGCUCUCAAAAUGGGCAAAGAAAAUUUAGAAGAAAUAACGAAACAAACAGGGGGUCUAGCUGCAAAUUGGAAGCAAGACAACAUCAGGAAAAAACAAGAAGACAAGGUGAAAGGGGACACAGCUAGGUGGAUCAGACCACCCCCUGCUGUUCUAAAAGAGCUAAACAGAAGGGGGAAAAAGAAAGAAGAAAUUCAAAGAUGCAAGUUUUCAUUUUUCACUUUUCAUUUAAAAAUAUAAUAUAUUGAGUCAACAUAAUAUUACUAUCAUAGUUUGAAACUUUGUACUAUAUGACCAAAUGAUAGUAGUUGUAAAUGCAUCUAGAGAUAAUAGUUUUGACUUGUUAAUGUCAUAUUCGAUUUGUUCGACUUGUUUUUAAGUGGGUAAUAUUCGUCUUCUAGGUGGGACGGACCGGUAUGGGUACUCUAUUCGACUUCACUUGUUCCAUUGUCAUCUCGUUUUGUAUAAAUUUAAUGUAAUCUUAUCCAACUAUUUAGGAUUUUACUUUUAUUUACAUAAUGUUUCCGUUAUAAUACAUAAAUGUUUUAGUUAUAAUAAAUUUGUACAAAACUCGAAUUUUGAGUAAUUUAACUGAAUUUAUAAUGUCAUAGUUUAUUUGUAGACUUAUUAAUGAAAAAAAAUCAAUUGUUUGAAGUACUUUUUUUUUCUUUCUUUAUAUUGCAUAUCCAUAUGUAUCGACCUGUCCGAUCAUGCCCACAAACAAAAUACCUAAUCUAAACCCCAACUUACUACGAAAUUAGUAUGGAUAUCAAAAUACCCGCCCCAACAUGCACAAUGCAUGACUUAAUUAAAAUCAUCAGACACUUUACUUGUUCUACAAAAUUCUGUAGCAUUCGUUUCUAACACCAAAUUAUCCUCUGUACACAAAUAUUUCAUCAUUAAUUUUUAUUAUUUUACUGUACAAAUGCUUUGAAUAAAAAAGAACUAUAUUUCAAUAAUAAGAAUAGAAAAGCACAGCAGAUCCUAUCAUAUUCCCUUACGUUUCAUUUUUCCUAUUUCCCCUACUGCUCCACCGCCAUUUCCUAUUGCUCUGUCUAUUUUUUACUCUGCUUAGUAGGUUAUAGUUAACGAUCUUAGUUCUUCAUCGCUGUGAUUUGAUUAAAAUUCUGGAUAUACAGUGUGACAUUAAUAAUUAGAAAUGGGUGAUGAACCAUGGAGAGGGGAAAAAACCCGAUUCGAAUGAUGUGGCCACGUGAGAGGCUGUUAAAGAGUGUUUGACAUGACUCGUAAAAUCAAAAUACUUCAAUAUUUGUUAAGAUUAAGAUUGCGUUACAUCUACUAUUUCUCUCGUCAUACAGACUGCAUGUCGUAUCAAAAACUACCACCCCAACUGUUGUUACCAGUUGUACACAUGGAACUGAACUGCAGAGAGAGAGAGAGAGAGAGAGAGAGAGAAGAGGAUGGUCCAAAAAUGAAGACAUGUUGGUGGAAACCAUUUUGAGCACAAGUCAAUAUUACAACAACCUCAGCUCUUCUUGAAUUCUAGUCUAUCUUUGGGGAAAGAAAAAUUCUGAGAAAGGAGUCAUAUGGUGAUAAUAAUUAACUGGCUGCUACCAAACAGUAAGCAAAAGCCCAAAACUAAACUCUUCACAUUUCAUUGCCACAAAAAUAAAAAGGCAAAGGAGUUGACGUGAAUUUCCGAAUCAUCCCACAAUUUUGCCGUUUACCAUUCAACGCCACCGAGAUCAGAAGCAAAUGAGAUCAUGAUCUGUUUAUUUAAAUAAUUUUAAUUAAAUAAGAUAAUUCAUUUUAAAAACCUUAAAGAGUACAGUUUGGCAAAGAGAAAGGGAGAAUGCUGUUCUGGAAGGAAAACAAAUGGAGGAAAAAAAAGAAAAAAAUCUAACAGUGCUUUCCGUUCCAUUAAUUUCCACUACCACUACUAGAAUACAUGUGUCAUUAUUGAAAUUACCCAUUAAUCAUUGAUAGACUCGUUCAUGUGUCUAUAACAUGAAAGACUGUAUAUAUAAUACAUUCAUAGGAAUGAAUCAUGAAUGUAUCACUAAUCAUACGCAAAAUUCAAAUCCAUAUAUAAUCCAUCUUUAAGAGUACUAAUAAAUCAUUGGGACGGUUUCGAAAUUAUGAAAAAAAGACUAUUAGAUCCGACAAGAAGGCUGAAAAAAAGAAAGGAAGAGGAAGCAUAAAUAAAAUUAGUAAUUUAGGCGAGGUGAUUUUAGUUUAUGUUAAAGUAUUGUUUUCUUAGUUUUUGUGUGUUCUGUUAAAAUAGUGAAUUAGUGGAUUGACCAAACUAGGAUGGAAUGGUUCAUAUGGUUUCAUGUUCAAUAGUUAAAAAACAUAUUUGAUUCGUUCCUAGCUAGCCGUCCAAGUAAAUGAUUCGGAUAGUAAUUGUAAUCGAUUUUUCCGGUUCUACAGGUUCAACCACUUAUCCGAUUCAGUUUUUCAUAACAUGAGUAGUGCUCACUGCUCACUACUUCCUCAUAUGUGACUGAUCAAUUCUUUCUAAUACUAGUAACUAGUGAACUUUUUUUUUUGUUGUUGUUGUCAUGAAUCAUAGCUCAAUGAUGUUUGUCAUUAAUUAAAUAAACUCCGUAUCCAGCUCCUAUUAAUUAUGUCCUAUAAUAAAAGAAAUGUUCAUAUCAUCAUGUGCCUAUUUGUUUUGGCUGAGUUCCUAAAAUAAGCUCCUAUUAAACCAGUUAUAAGUUAUAAGGAACAAUACUAGAAAAAUUAAGUACCACUAAAAUUGUUACUUCAACAAAAUCGAGAGUCACAAAAUUUUGAUAUUAUGCUAGCGCUCGUGUUGCUGUUAUCGGGUGUUUUUUUUUUGCGUGUGUCUUGAUUAUUGGAUCGAUAUAUGAAAAUUUUAGGAUACUUUUUAGAACUUUUGAUUUAAUGAUCGGAGAUGUAUAUGAAAAAUCCAACAAAGUGACAUAAUGAAUUAUACAUGUUUGUAUCGACAUAAUAGCACGAUUAGAGAUCCACAAAUGGGAAAACAAACAUAAAUUUCUACUAUAACUAAAACAUUCAUGUACAUUCUUCUCUGAAAUUGUUUUUUUCUUCUAUAUUCAAACAUAAUAUAUCCAAGUAAGGAAUACUAGAAAGCAAAACAAGAAAAAAUUUCAAAGAAACGCACUUGCCAAGGAACCCCAGCAAACCCCAAUAUUCAUUCUCUCCUGUUGAAGUAAACUCAGCUCCAAAAAUUGAAUGAACUCAUUGAACUUUUUUUAUUUGAUAACUCAGGAAACCUCAACCCUACGUGCUGCUUCAGCGACAGCAGGAUCUACUAAAUCACUGGGGGUACCUGCAUACUAAAUUCAUUGAACUUAAUGGGUGGGAUUGGUCUCAUUAAUCAUUAUAUCUAGGGAAAAAAUAAGUAAAUAAUAAUGCUCGUGGAUAUCUGCUCGAGUUCGAACUAAUUGGGUGGAUAAAAUUUGAACCAUUUUUUUUUUUUAAAUCGGUAUGGUUAAAUCCCAAAUUCAAAUAUUACAGGUAAUGGAUGAACAUGAUUUUUUUCACCAUCCAACUCUAACUCGCCAAAUAAUGCACAUGCAUAUGUAUUUUGUUUCAAAAUGAUCAUUAUUUUUCUCAAUAUAUUUUAUAUCUAUAAUGCAUAUAGAAUAUUUCCAUGAAAAUUUUAUUGUUUCAAAUAAAUUUGUUCAUUUUAGCAAUUUAUUUACUUUUAAUUUUGCACUUAGAGUCAGCAAAUCUGAAAUUGUUAUCAUGUUGGUUGAACUUAUAACGAGAAAUUAUUUUUUCCAUGGUUAGCCAUGGAUAUCCGAAAUCCGUUUGGGUAUGAGUAUGAUUUGUAUAUAUAAUCCGAUUCUUGUACGUGUAUGAGUAAAUUCUUGUACGUUGUCAUCCCCAAUUACUCCCUAUUUUGGCUAGGUGUAUGUUUAUAUUGUUUUAGUGAAACAAGUAGGAUCCUGCUCCAAACUUUUUUGUGUCACUUUUUCUUUGUAACUAACUAACAAUGUGACAUUGGACUAUUAUUAUUUCAAGAACACACCAAUAAUUUCGUUAAUAGCUGUAAUUUCCCCAAACUCCACAAAGAGAAAAAGUCCAACGCAUCGGCAUUUCCUUUACGCACCACCCAAGGACCUUGUACAUGUCACCACCAUUUCAACGAAGCCCACAAUUAAAAAAAAAUUAAUCAUUAUUAUAAUCCCAUCUUAAUAAUAAUUAGACACAAGACGAGAGAACCAAUACAAAUUUAUUAAACAAAAAAAAAAUCCCCUUCAACAAGGCUAUGCCCUCAAAUAUAAAAUUAAAAUCCAUUUCCCCCCUUUAAUUACCACCACCGCAAUCUCUGCCAUAAUCCUUCAAUCCCCAUAUUCCUCUUUCAUCCACACAACUCCAUUUUCGCUGUCUGAACCACAUCCAGCUAUCCGAUUAUUCCUCCGCCUUCCUUCCGAUCCCUGUCGCCGGCGUUUCAACCCCCGCGCUCUCUCUCUCCCCCGAAAUGCCCGGCGGCGGAGGCGGAGCCGGAGCCGCCCUACUCCCCGACCACGCCACUCCUACAGCGGGGCUCCUCCUCCAGCUCGUCCGAGACAUCACUCUCGCCGGAGGAAGCGGGAACGCUUCCACCGCCGCCGCCGCUGCUUCGUCGUCGCCGUUCAGGAAGGACUCCACGGAUCUGGUGCGGAGGAUCUCACUGCUCGCGCACUUCCUCGAGGAGAUUGCGGAUUUCGUCGGCGAAUCUGGACCGUUGGAUUGCGACGCCGCCGCUUCCUCUUCCUCGGCCAGUUGGUGCUCCGCGCUGCUCGCUGCUCUUCAGUCGGCUAAGCGAUUGUUGCUGGUUUCUGGCGGCUCCAAAUCCUCUAACCGCUCUGAUGGAGCUCACCGCAAAAUCGCUCUUCAGUUCCAAUCCGUAACGUGCAAGCUCGAGAAGGCUUUGGCUGAUAUCCCUUUCGAUCGCUUCAAUAUUUCAGAGGAAGUACAAGAACAGGUUGCAUUGGUGAGAUCACAGCUGCAGAGAGCCUCCGAGAGAUACAGGUUCGUGAAUGCGGAGACGAUCUCUCCCGCCGCCGCAUCAUCAGCCCAACAACCUCUAGGCAGAGAGAUUGAUCCAACGCAAAGGGCCAGCAGCAACACUAGCAGAUUGAAUCGAAGCUGGAAAAUUGAGAAUGUUGGCAGUGUCAAUCGUGAUUCCGCCGAGAGAAGUGAUGCCGCCGCGGUGGCAGUGGCAGUGGAAAGCAACGAUGCCGACCAGGUUCAGGCAGGAGAGCUGACUGAAGAAGCUGCUGCAGGGGAUGAGGGAGAGAAGAAGAAGGUUAAUGGCUCGGGUAUAAAGAGUCUCGAGGACUUGAAGAAGGCCGAUGCUCCCACCAUCCCUGACGAUUUCCUCUGUCCCAUCUCCUUGGAGCUAAUGAGAGAUCCAGUCAUUGUUGCCACGGGCCAGACGUACGAGAGGUCCUUCAUCCAGAGAUGGGUCGACGCAGGCAACAUGACCUGCCCCAAAACCCAGCAGAAGCUCGAGCACUCGACGCUUACGCCCAACUACGUCCUGAGAAGCCUGAUCGCUCAGUGGUGCAGCAAGCACAACAUCGAGCAGCCGACGGGGUUCACAAACGGGAGAAUCAAGAAGGGCAUCCGCGGCGGCAGCGACGUGAGUGGGGAUAUCGCCGCAGUUCAAGCACUGGUGCGCAAGCUGUCGAGCCGGUCUCUGGACGAUCGUCGAGCUGCAGUUCACGAGAUCCGAACCCUAUCCAAGCGGAGCACGGACAACAGAAUCCUAAUCGCGGAAGCAGGAGCCAUCCCUGUCCUCGUCGGGCUCUUAACCGCCGAGGACGUCGUCAUCCAGGAGAACGCAGUCACCUCCAUAUUGAACCUCUCAAUCUACGAGAACAACAAGGGUCUGAUCAUGCUGGCGGGAGCAAUCCCUUCCAUCGUCCAGGUCCUUCGAGCCGGCAGCGUGGAAGCCAAGGAAAACGCUGCAGCAACGGUAUUCAGUCUAUCCCUGGGCGACGAGAACAAGAUCAUAAUCGGAGCCUCGGGCGCGAUCCCGGCUUUAGUCGAGCUCCUCGAGCACGGGAGCAGCAGCAGGGGGAGGAAAGACGCUGCAUCGGCAUUGUUCAACCUGUGCAUCUACCAGGGGAACAAGGGGAGGGCGGUUCGAGCUGGGAUCGUCCCCGCGCUGCUACGAAUGCUGAGGGAUCACUCUCGAGGAGGAGGCGGCGGCGCGAUGGUGGACGAGGCGCUGACGAUCCUGUCGGUCCUGUCGAGCAACGUCGAGGCGAAGGCGGCGAUCGUGAAGGCGAGCACGAUCCCGGUGCUGAUCGAUCUGUUGAGGACCGGGCAGGGGAGGGGGAAGGAGAAUGCGGCGUCGAUCCUGCUGUCGCUGUGCAAGAGGGAUGCGGAGAAUCUGGGUUGCCUGAGCCGGCUGGGAGCUGUGAUUCCGUUGACUGAGCUGGCGAAGAGCGGGACGGAGAGGGCGAAGAGGAAGGCGGGGUCGUUGCUGGAGCAUAUUCGGAAGCUGCAUCCCCACUAACGUUUCAAGUUUGAAGGUAAACAGCUAACUCCAGAGUGGAGGAAGGAACAAUUUACUUGGAUUUAAUUAAUUUAUUUUAUUUCGUUUCCUUUUUAUUUAUUUAUUAAUUCCUGAUUAUUUGACAACGAGGAUGGAGAUGAGAUGGGAGAAAUCGCAAAAAAAAGGGGCGGUUUUCUCGGUGUAUUUAUUUAAUUUGAUGUAAUUGUAUAAUUGAUUGUAAUCUCUGCUCUUCCUGUCCACCCCACCACGUUCAUGAGUGGCUGUUGUAGAAAGAAAGGAAGGAAGGAAGGAAAGGAGAGAUACCCAUAAUAAUAUGUUUGGCAUCUGAAAUGAAAAAGAAGAGAAUCAUCUGGCCAAAGACAGAUAGAUUGAUUCCCCCCAACUAUGGAUAUGUUUUCUUUUUUGCUCUUAAGUUUUCAUUGUUGUGGGCUUGUGGCUGGGAAUUAAUCCGGAUGGGAUUGUUCGUGGUCGUUUGCUCGAGGGAUUUUGAUGCUGGAUUCGAUCCAAAGCUCACAUUAUGUAUCUAUUAGUUCAAAAGUUUGUGUUUGCUUAUUGACCCAAGUAUUUUCUUUCGGAUUCAAAAAAGAGUUUGUAGAGAUUUCUCUCUCUUGGACUAUAGAAGAAAGAAAACAAUCAUCAACCUAUUAAUAUUGGAACAUUCGAAUGAUUCUUUCAAAUGUAUUAUUUCUGGGUCUAACGGAAUUCAUAGGUAAAUACGACAUUAUUUAAACUUUUUUGAAAUUGUCAAAAAAUCCAUAUCGUUUCUUAUCUUUUUCAAUUUCCAUAUCGUGUAUCUAAAUUUAAUAUUCAUGAAAUUGGAGUUUAAUUUCCACAUUUUUUUCUCUCUUCACUUUGCUCAUCAAAUCUCCCUCCCGUCCAUAGAUAUGAAUGCUGAAAUUUCGUUUAUAUCUCUCAUUAUGCAUCAUUUAGUUCACACAUAUUAAUGUUUUGGUUUUCCUAAAAAAACCAAAGCGUUGGACCCUUACUUAGCGCCCGACUCCCUUAGACGUCAUUUAAGCAUGCCUAGGUGCUAGAGCCUACUCUAGUGUUGAAUGUCUAGAUGAAGCAUCUUACCAUGGUGCUUAGAACAUAAUUUGCUCAUCUAACCUACAUACGUGAUGUGUGUUCCUUGUAUAUUGACGUUGGUCAUGUGAUCAACAUUACUAUGGGUUUGCGCAACUGGUUUUACGAGUGUGGGAUAUGAAUGACGACCCCAUUUUUCCCCCUCUGGUGGUGGCGAACGUGCUUUCCAAAUGUUGCGAUCAAUCAGGCGGCUUGGGAAGUCGUAAUGCUUAGAUAGAGAUAGGCAAGUUGCGCUUAUUCAUGUUUGUUGGUUUGUUUUUGGUCUGGUUUGGAACCUUUUCUUUUUUCCGAGUUGGAUUAGGCCAGAUAGGGAUGGCAAUGGGUCGAGUUGGGGUGGGUAUUGUCAAACCCAAACCCAUGAGUUUAUCCGCCAAAAAAACCCGGGGUAAAACUCGCUGGGUUUGAAAAACUCAAACCCAACCCAACCUGCUGGGUAUUCGCGGGUUCAUGGGUACCCGUAGGUUUUUGUGGUAAAAAAUUUACAAUAACAAGUUUCUUUCAAAAUAAAAGUUUAACAUCAAU